AUGCUACGGACUGCCCUUCAGAGCCAUUUUCGCGAUUCGUCCCAUCUGCGUCAGAACUGUCAAGAUGGUCUCACACCGGUGCACUUCUUCUCCCAUGGGUCGACCAUGAUGCUUGGAGAGGAGUCCGAAAGCGCCGAUUAUUGGAAAAAAUGCGGCGAUGAAGCUCUUGCGCGGAACAUCAAGGGCGUGAUAAUCAUGGGUGCUCACUGGGACUGCAUGGGGGAUAGAAUCGAAUUAUCAACAAACCCCAGCCCCGGAAAGAGUCCUGUCGCCUAUGUUCACCCCGACAAAUACGUCAACUACAAGCUCGUUCCUGACCUUGCCACCACGCACCGAUGCAUCGAUAUGCUGGCCCGCGAGGGAUUCAACGUUGGCGGUAAUCAGACUUUUGAAUGGAUUCAUGACGUUUAUCUUAUUUUGAUACGCAUGUUCCCCGGUGGCUGCCCGCCUACGACAUUGAUCUCAGCGAACGCCCGCUACGAUCCUCAUUUUCAUAUGAAAAUCGGCGCGACCCUGCGUCCAUUGCGAAAGGAGAACUAUCUGUUCAUCGGCACGGGAGGUGCGGUACACAAUCUAUACCGGAAUAGGUGGGCACCUAUGCUGCGCUUCCGAGAUAACUUUGCUUUGGAGACUCCACCCGAGGACUGGGCGAUGGAGUUUCGACAGGCUGUCGAGGAUGUGAUCACCAAGACGUCUGGUCCCCAGCUUCGUCGAGCUAUGACUCGGUUGAUGAAGCACCCUCGCUUCCGCGAUGCACAUGCCACUGACGACCAUUUCAUGGCUGCUCUAUUUGUGGCUGGCGCUGCAGGAGACGCUGAAGAUGAGAACGCGCCUGCUACGAUGGGCGCCGAGAGUUGGGAGCUGACCAACAUGUGUAAUUCGCAAUUCACUUUGGGACGAUGGCCAAAGGAAAUUGUAGUGUAA